AUGCCUAUGUUGAAAGACCCCUCUAUUAAGUACAAACCAUUUGACCCCAAACUAACUUUAAAUGAUCGUCAAUGGCCUUCUAAAACUCUAACCAAGCCACCAAGAUGGCUAUCUACUGAUUUAAGGGAUGGUAACCAAUCUUUGCCUGACCCAAUGUCCAUACCCGAGAAAAAGGCAUAUUUUACCAAGCUUGUUGAAAUUGGAUUCAAGGAGAUCGAAGUUGCCUUUCCUUCGGCUUCACAGAUUGAUUUUGAUUUUACAAAAUGGUGUGUUGAAAAUGCUCCCUCUGAUGUUUCUAUUCAAGUCUUAUCACCAUGUCGUCCUGAUUUGAUCAAACGAACAAUUGAAUCCUUGAAAGGUGCUAAAAGAGCCACUGUUCACAUUUAUUUAGCCACCUCAGAUUGUUUCCGAACUGUUGUUUUCAAUAUGACACCGGACGAAACUCUUGCAAAAGCAGUUGAAUGCACAUCACUUGUUAGAUCUUUAACUAAAGAUAAUCACGAACUUGAGAAUACUGAUUGGGAUUUCGAGUUCUCACCAGAGACAUUUUCUGAUACUUCGCCUGGUUUUGCCCUAAAGGUUUGUGAAGUUGUAAAGGAGGCAUGGGGACCAACUACUGAGAAACCAAUCAUUUUCAAUCUACCUGCAACAGUUGAAAUGUCGACUCCAAAUGUUUAUGCAGAUCAAAUUGAAUAUUUCUCGAGGAAUAUAUCGAAUAGGGAGACCGUCUGUAUCUCUUUGCACCCUCAUAAUGACCGUGGUUGUGCAGUUGCUGCAGCAGAGCUAGCGCAAUUGGCUGGUGCUGAUAGAGUCGAAGGCUGCCUUUUUGGUAAUGGUGAAAGAACAGGUAAUGUUGAUCUUGUCACGCUGGCCCUCAACCUCUAUACCCAAGGUAUUCAUCCAAACAUCGAUUUCUCUGAUUUAUCCUCUGUUAUCGAAAUAGUGGAAAAAUGUAACAAAAUUCCAAUUCACCCAAGAGCUCCAUAUGGGGGGCAAUUGGUUGUCUGUGCAUUUUCUGGCUCUCAUCAGGAUGCAAUCAAAAAGGGUUUCAAGAAAUACGAAGAACAAGUUACUCAAACUGGUGAUAUUACUUGGAAGAUUCCAUAUUUACCAUUAGAUCCACAGGACAUCGGACGUACUUAUGAAGCCAUCAUUAGAGUUAAUUCCCAGUCCGGAAAAGGUGGUGCGUCUUGGAUCAUUUUAAGGAAUCUGGAAUUAGAUUUGCCAAGAGGUUUACAAAUAGACUUCUCCAAGCAUGUUCAAUUAGAGUCUGAAUGGAGAGGAAGAGAAUUGAAAACUAAAGAGAUUAUAGACCUUUUCAAGGACAAGUAUUUUGUCUAUGAUGAAAAUGAUGCCAAUGAUACCGAAACAACCGCAAUGCUUGAUUACUUGAAACUAACUAAUUAUACAGUUACUAACUCUGAGAAGACUAGGGAUAUCAUUGCACAUAUCUCCUCUAAGAGUAAAGAACUAGAAAUAAAGGGGUCAGGAAAUGGUCCUAUUUCCGCUCUUGCCAAUGCAUUUAGCAAUUAUUUUGGAAUUAACAUUGAUGUUAUUCAUUACAAUGAACAUACUCUAGGUAAGGAUUCUCAAUCUAAGGCCGUAGGCUAUAUUGGCAUCCGUGCUGGUGAUAAUGAGUCAAUCAUAUGGGGUGUGGGUAUUAAUGAAGAUGUUACCGAAGCAGGUAUGAUUGCCAUUGUUAACACUAUUAACGUAUGCAUCAGGGAUAAAAUCAUCAAAUUAAAGUAA